AUGAUGGACUGCGAAGAUCAACUGGAAAAUGAUCAACAAGAGCAGGAAGAACAGAAUGAGUUUCCAAAAGCGUGGAGCUUGGACGAUUUUGAGAUUGGACGCGAGCUGGGAACUGGAAAGUUUGGUCAGGUGUACCUUGCGCGUGAGAAAACGUCACUGACGGUUGUGGCACUGAAAGUGCUGGUAAAGGAGCAGCUGAAAGCUGCAGGUGUGGCCCACCAGCUGCGUAAAGAAGUUGAGAUUCACUCACGCAUUCGACAUGAAAACAUUCUGCCAUUGUAUGCCACCUUUCAGGAUGCUACACGAGUCUACUUGGUUUUAAAGUAUGCAGGAGGUGGUGACCUUUUCAAGAAAAUGCGCUCCAUGCCCGGACGGCGAUUCCCUGAACGCCAAGCCAUGCUAUACACCGCCCAGCUUGUCAGCGCAUUGGAGUCGUGUCAUCAUCAACACGUAAUCCAUCGCGAUAUUAAACCUGAGAACCUUCUUUUAUCUGAUGAGGGUACAAUCCAACUUGCCGAUUUUGGCUGGUCAUCUGCUAAUGUGACGGCGGCCACUCGGCGUGAUACCCUGUGCGGUACUCUGGACUACUUAUCACCGGAGAUGAUUCGAGGCGAGAAAUACGACAAAUCGGUGGAUAUUUGGGCCGUUGGAGUCAUUAUGUACGAGCUUCUGGUAGGGAAGCCUCCGUUUGAAGCACCAGGGCAAAAUGAGACCAUCGAGCUUAUUACCGAAGGCCAGCUAUACGUACCUCCUAUCGUGUCUUUGGCGGCAAAGGAUCUCAUCACACGGAUUUUGCAAAAGCUUCCAGAGAAGCGUCUUUCACUGCAGGAGAUUAAGGCCCAUCGUUGGUUUGCACCCCUCAAUAUUCGCCAACGAUCAUCCAGACGUGGUUUUUAG